GAUGAUUUAGGCAAAAGAAAUGUGUUUUUAUGUAGGACUUUUUAAAAUCAUUACUGGAGAUCAUCACAAUUAAAUUGAUCAAAUAGUAAAAAUAAAUUGAUGAACAAAGGAAUGCAUACGACCACCCACUGUGUUUGUAUUUUAUCAACUCGACUCGCCCCCGCAUCCAUUUAAACUACAUAGACCAUGAUGCCUAUCGGAAAGUGACGUCACUCAUCUCGGCACCGGUCUGCUGCUAGUCUGACUGCCACAGACAGCAGACAGGGGAUCCCGGCUCAGCGGCCUUAUAUUGUCGAAACGUUGAACUCUACGGUGUGUUUAAAUGGCAAAAACGUACGAUUAUCUAUUCAAACUGUUGCUCAUCGGAGACAGCGGAGUCGGCAAGACAUGUCUGCUGUUCAGAUUCAGCGAGGACUCCUUCAAUACCACCUUCAUAUCCACAAUAGGAAUAGACUUCAAAAUCCGAACCAUCGAGCUAGAUGGAAAGAGAGUCAAACUCCAAAUUUGGGACACUGCAGGGCAGGAGCGGUUUCGCACCAUAACUACAGCCUACUACAGAGGAGCAAUGGGCAUUAUGUUGGUCUAUGACAUUUGCAAUGAAAAGUCCUUUGAAAACAUAAAAAACUGGAUUAGAAAUAUUGAGGAGCAUGCCUCUUCUGAUGUGGAGAAGAUGAUCUUGGGUAACAAGUGUGACAUGACUGACAGGAGACAGGUGUCCAAAGACAGGGGCGAGAAACUGGCUAUUGAUUAUGGAGUUAAGUUCUUGGAAACCAGUGCAAAGUCUAGCUUAAAUGUGGAAGAGGCUUUCUAUAACAUGGGAAGGGACAUAUUGCAUAAUCUGAGCGCAAAGACGACUGACAACAAUGCCGGAGGAUCAGGCAAACCAGUCAAGAUCACAGAGAAGAAGUCGAAGAAGAUAAAAUUUUUCAAGUGUUCGCUCCUCUAGGCUUAACUUUUCUAGUGUGACUUUGCUGUUUUGGAGAGCUCCUGCCUCCCGGGCGUCCUUGCGGCAGCGGCAGCAGUGAUAAUAUUCAGAGGGCCUUACUGCCAGCUGAAGCUCACAGGUUCAUGAGUGGUUGAAAUGCCAUCCUGGUCUGCUGCUGACUAGAAGAGGAUCAAUGAGGAAUGAGGCCUAAUACUGUAUAUCCGCUCAUGCAAAAGACUCGUGCAUGAUCAUCAUCAGCGGUUUGUAGCUGGUCUAGCAGGACCUGCUCACAGGAGGCAGUGAUUCUGUUGGCAUUUAUAAUACCUCUGCCGGAUUACAUGAAAAUAGACUUCAUUAAAUAUAAUAAAGUUCCACAUAGUUGUCUUAUAACCGGAGAAAAACAUUCAGAUCCUUUCAUAAAUUGUAGCAGUUUUAUACAAACUACCUGUUGUCAUAUUUACUAUGAUGAUGCUGCCAGAUGUCAAGUGUCAGCAUUGAUUGUAUUUGUCUGUAUAAAUUCAUGUAUACUAAUAUGCCUAUAGUCUCUCACUGGCAUCAUUUCUAUUUGUUCAUGUGUGCCUCAAAGGAGUCACAUGCAGUUUUGUGAUAGAAAAGACAAAAAUAUGUAUGAACAUAACCUACUGUAUUUUCUUUUUUGGAAACUUAAUCAUACAGGUUUCUGUGUAAAAUGAAACUGUGAAAGAUUGUUUGUUUCUUGGGAGAUGUACCUAACUACAUAUUGUUAUGAGAUUGUCAGUAUUUGCAUGAAAGCUAUAAGGAUACCUCUGAAUGGAACAUUAUUAAGCACAUUUUUGCAGUAUCUGUAAAGAAAAUGUUUACAGACAGUAUUUGAAAUUGUCAAUCGUAUUUAGGAAAUUC